AUGAACGAAGCGCGUCCCGCCUCCCGGGAGAUGAUGGGCCGCCGGAGCUGGACGAACCUGCUCCCCUGGGGGCGGUUUUACAGUGCGAACCAGCCCCGGCGUUUCCUCCCGAGGCGGACGGGCGGCCGGCCUGCUCAGCACAUGUCGGCAGCAGCGUCGAUCGAGGCCGGGCCGGGCCGGGCCGGGGGCGGCAGCGGAGCCUCCGCCGGACCAGGCCCCAACGCCGCCACCCGGCGUGACGCGUCACUUCCUGCCGGAAGUCGGGUCCCAGUUGCCAUGGCUCCGCCGGCGGCGUCCCGCAGCGGAGGGCGGGCUCGGCCGGCCCUCAGCGCCCCGCCGGCCCUGGCUCCUCCGCUGGGGCUGCGGGCGCUGCCGUGCCGCCUGCAAGAGCCCGAGCCCCAGCCUUGCAUUUCAGAUGACUUAAAAAUAGAAUAUUACAGUACAGAUCAUGAUGCAACGGAUGUCAAAGAAAUACCAGAAUUAAAGGAGCUAGCUAUUGCUACGCAAGCUUUAAUAGAGCUUGUUCACUCCCUCCAAAGAGAUUUAUUCAUCUACAAAAGCAUCUUUCAAGGUCAAUAUGUAGAAAAAAUUGAAGAUCAGGCAUCAAAUCUUUGUAAGUACAUAAAUGACUGACUGACAGAUGUUGAGUUUUUUCAUAAACAGAAACAGGCCCGAAUUUGACAAAGCUACCAACAGCAGUUAAGUGAUGUGCUGCCUGUUCUCAGAGGGGUUGUCUUUCAAGAUGAUAACCAUGAAAAAAAAAUGCUUGAAAAAGAGAAUGAGGAUUUCAAAGAAGAGGUUUUUGAACUGCACAAUGAGAUUUCUCAUCUUGAAAAUGCUCUGAAGCGCUCUGAAAAAGAAAAAUAUUUCUUAGAUAAGCAAGUUCAAAGAACGCGAUCAAAAAUGGAAGCUGAUGCGCAAACUCUUCACAAGUUGAUUGAAAUUCAAGAACAAAUGAAGGCAGAACUAGAAAAUGAAAGAUCACUAGUUAAAACUCUGAUAACAUACAUAAUACCUGAGCAGCAAGCUACUGAAAGAACCCUCACUGUCGAAACUGAGAAACUGAUGAAAAAUAAAGGUCAGGAAAGGCAAACCACAGAAACAAAGGAAGCUGAGAAAAGUAAUACAAUAUGGCGAAAGAAAUUCCAGAUUCUACAGAAUAGUCUGCAUGCAAUUAAGGAUGAGAUGUUUCUUAGAAAAAACCUGCAACACCAGUUACUAGCACUUAAAGGCACAUCUCUCAGUGAGACAGUGGCUUGUCCUGUUUGUGUUGAAAAUUACAAGAGGGAUACGAAGGGAUUCAGAGAUGGGAUAUAUUUGCAUUCAACUUUGGUUCUCCUCAAAGAGGAUAGGGGGUAUUCUGAAGGAAUCUUUGAUAUUUUCAAUGACUCUUCUGCCUUGAGAAGUCUCUUCUUGACAACUCAUAAACUCCAUGUUGAAUAUUCUGUAGUAACCAACCUCCUCCGUGCUUCCAUAUUCAAGUGA